GGUCAAAUUAUAACUUCGAAAACAAUGAUGAAAAGAAUGUUAACGUAGUGGUUUCAUGCAUUCUAAAAAUACUGAACAAGAAUGUAUUACAAUGCUUCAAGAAAAAUUCAUAGAUGUGGAAAAUAUUUGACGGAUGUAAGAUACAAUGUGAAUAGGAAAUAUCAUAGUGAAGAAGUGUUUGGAUUCAAGAGGAAAAAUAAAUAUGUAGCUGAAGCACUUGACAAUGAAGUUAUUGAUGCAAGAUGUAGGGAAAGUAACUUUUAUAGGCUGGUAACAGCUUAUAGACAGCAUGGACAUAAGUAUUCAGAUAUAAAUCCAGUGUCCUUGGCAAAAAAAAUCAGUGCCAUACCAGAUUUGGACAUCAAGCGAUAUGGAUUCAAGGAAAACGACAAAGUUCAGUUCGACAGUAUUAUUAAUUCAACCAAAAAAGAAGGAACAAUAAGUGAAGCUGUAGAUUUUUUAAAUAAUGUUUAUUGUAGAACUGUAGCAGCCGAAUAUAUGCAUUUAGAAAACGAAGAGGAAAUUGAUUGGCUCACUGAAGCAUUAGAGAAGUUACCAACAACACCAGUCAAAGAUACUAAUAAAAUUACCAUCGCCACUGAACUACUAAAAUCACAAUCAUUCGACAACUUUUUAGCGAAGAAAUUCGUGAGUGUAAAAAGAUAUGGCGGAGAAGGGGCAGAAAGUAUGAUGGUUUUCUUCAGAGAAGUCUUCCAACUAGCCGCAGAAGACGAUAUUCAACAAAUAGUGCUAGCAAUGCCUCACAGAGGGCGACUGAAUUUAUUGACUGGCCUUUUGAACUUCCCACCUGUGGAAAUAUUCGCCAAACUCAAAGGUUUAUCAGACAUUCCAGAUAAGUACAAAGCUACAGGCGAUGUGUUGAGCCACUGCAUUUCUUCUGCAGACCUGUCUUAUGCAGGAAAGUCGGUCCAUGUCUCUCUUCUCUAUAAUCCUUCACAUUUAGAAGCCGUCAAUCCAGUUUCCAUGGGAAAAACCAGGGCCAAACAAAUGAUUUGGGGAGAUGGAGACUAUGGAGCUGAUACGAGAUGGGCAGAUAAAAUUAUGAACAUACAGGUUCAUGGUGAUGCUGCUAUAAUAGGCCAAGGUGUGAACCAAGAGUGUUUGAGUAUGAGUGGCGUUCCGCAUUUUGAAAUAGGAGGGUCUAUCCAUCUAGUGGUUAAUAACCAGUUGGGUUUCACAAUGCCAGCUGAAAGAGGUCGGUCUUCAAGAUACUGUACUGAUAUAGGGAAAAUCAUCUCCGCACCAGUAAUCCAUGUGAAUGGAGAUUAUCCAGAGGAUGUCUUGAAAGUAACAAAAUUGGCGUUUGAUUAUCAUAGGAAAUUCAGGAAGGAAAUUUUCAUAGAUCUGAACUGUUAUAGACGCUGGGGGCAUAAUGAACUGGAUGAUCCUACUUUUACUAAUCCAAGUUUAUACAGUAUCAUACGUUCCAAAGGAACUGUGCCAGAUUUAUAUGCUGAUAAACUUGUUGAAGAGAAUAUCAUUAGAGAAGACGGUGUUAAGGACAUUGUCGAUAAACAUCAAAGCUGGUUGAACGAGCAUUUGAAAGCAGCAGAAAAUUACACGCCAAGGGACACUCAUUUCAAAAGACAAUGGGAGGGCUUUUCCCAAGCAGAUGAAGCUGUCACCACCUGGGACACAGGAAUUGAUUUGGAUAUGAUGACUUUUAUUGGAAGUAAAUCCGUGAAAUGUCCUGCUAAUUUUGAAGUUCAUCCAAAUUUACUGAGAACACAUGUAAAAAAUCGACUAAGUAAGGUAGCAGAAGGAACGAACAUAGACUGGUCUACUGCUGAAACUUUGGCUUUAGGAUCUCUAUUAUUCCAAGGGCACAAUGUGAGAAUAAGUGGUCAAGAUGUUGGUAGAGGAACUUUUUCUCAUAGACACGUUAUGUUGGUCGACCAACAAACAAGUAACACUUACGUACCUCUCAAUCAUCUCCAUGCCGAUCAAACUUGUUUUAUUGAGGUUGCUAAUAGCAUUCUAUCAGAGGAAGCAGUGCUGGGUUAUGAAUAUGGCAUGAGCAUAGAAGAUCCAAGGAACUUGAUCAUUUGGGAAGCUCAGUUUGGCGAUUUUUUCAAUGGAGCCCAGAUUAUUUUCGAUACAUUCAUAAGUUCUGGAGAAAGUAAGUGGUUGUGGCAAAGCGGUUUGACAGUUCUUCUGCCGCACGGCUAUGACGGCGCUGGACCAGAACACAGCUCAUCCAGGAUUGAAAGAUUCCUUCAGUUGACGGAUUCCAAAGAGGACAGGGCUGAUGGUGAUAACGUCAAUCUUCAAGUGUGCCAGCCUAGCACGCCUGCACAAUACUUCCACUUGUUGAGACGUCAGAUGAUUCGUAACUUCAGGAAACCUUUGAUUGUGAUAACACCCAAAAUUCUGUUGAGGAGUCCAGUGUGUACCUCAAAUUUUUCUGAUAUGGCGCCUGGGACAAGCUUCAAAACAGUCAUUGGUGAUGCUUUGAUGGUUCCUUCUAGAGUUAAGAAAGUGCUAAUAACUUCAGGCAAGCAUUAUUAUUCCUUGAUUGAACGAAGAGAAAACAUGGGGAUAAAAGACACUGCUAUAGUGAGAGUUGAAUCAUUCUGUCCUUUUCCAACAUUGGAGUUGAGACACGAAGUGUCCAAAUAUCCCAAUGCAAAUGUGAUAAUUUGGUGCCAAGAAGAACCUCAGAACAUGGGAGCUUGGACCUUCAUGAAACCAAGAUUUGAGAACCUUAUAGGAAAAAAGAUCUUGUACUGUGGAAGAGAACCAAUAGCAGCGCCAGCUGUUGGUAUAAGGGAAUUACAUCAACAACAAGUCAAAGAUAUAUCAACAAAACCAUUUCUUAUGGAAACUAAUUAUAGAUAAAAAUUCAUGGAUAUUUUAUUGAAAUAAAAUUGAUUUCAAAAUAAUAACCUCAGUUUAUGGGUUAUAGUGACUCAUAUCACCUAAUUCCAUCAUAUGAUUACUUCAAGAUUAAACCUCUGGUGUCGACAUAUUCUCAAGCAGGAACAUAUCUAUACCAAACUGAUAUAAUUAAUAUACAGUAUAGAGUGUGUUUCAGAUUAGACAGUCUGUAUCUGAUUAUUCCGCAUUCAGCUAGAGAUUAUUGAAUACCAGCAUUGUAAUAAUGGAAUAACAAAAAGUAUGAUAAUGAUCGAGGUUCAAUAUUGAAAUAUCUCUAGAUAUGGAAGCUCAGAGAUAAGUCAGUUAUCAAUCAAGAUAUUUCACCAUCUCAUUAUUUUUGUUCCACAAAAAAAAACAACUAUUUCUAGAUCUAAACACACUCUCUGAUGGAUAUUGAAUAGUGUUUUCGAAUGCGAAAUAUCGUAUAUUUUUUUGUUGUAU